CCACACCCACACCCAACCCACACCCACACCCACACCCACAUCCACACCCACACCCACACCCUCGUUGCAUAUGAAUCGUGUUAAUUUUGAUAAGUUCGAAAUAUUUAUUAAAAAGUUAUAUUUGAAUUUAAAAAUUUUACGCAUUACUAAUCAAUCGAAAGAUAUAAGUUUUCUUAAUGCUUAUCGAUGGGAACAGUUAGUUUUACAAUGUAUUCCUCAAUUAGAAGAAUUUUAUUUACAAUAUUAUGAACAAAGAAAUGAUCAAUUUAAUUAUUCUUCAUAUUCUCGAGAAUUAGAUCAAUUUAUUUCAUCAUUUUGGAUUGAACGAAAAUGGAUAUUUGAAAUUGAAAUCAAUAAUGAAUCUAUUAAUUAUUUAAUUCACCCGUACAGAAAAAGAUGGUAUGAAAAUUAUAAUUCUAUACCUGAUCUUACUAAAUUCACUCGAUUAACUAUUACGUAUAUCCUUCCUGAUAGUCUUCACGAAUCAGUUAUAGUAGAUAUUAAACGUGUUUUAACUAUAGCACAAGUAUAUCAUUUGGAAAUUCCAGAAGAAUAUAUUUUUAUUGGUACAUUAAUCGAAGCUGUAAAUUUAUUACCAGAACUUAAUACAUUAAAAAUUUAUUCUUUAUCAUUAUAUGAACCAAGAAAUUUAAGUUUUGAAGAAUAUAUGAUUUUAUGUUCAAUUGAAGAUACAAGUCAGCAUAUUUAUAAACAAUCAAACGAUUGUCCAGGUAAACUUAAAUGGAACAGAACAGCAACAACAAUCAUUGGUGGUUAUGGUACAGAUCCCAAUCAAUUAAAUUAUCGUAACGGUAUAUUUAUUGAAUCAAAAACAAAAAUUUUAUAUAUUGCUGACGUUGGAAACCAUCGUGUUCAAAAAAGAUAUCCAAAUGGUGAAAUUAUUACUGCCGCUGGUGAUCCACACGGUCGAGCUGGGUCAACACCGGAUAAAUUAAAUUGUCCUGUAGAUAUUCUUGCAGAUGAGAAUGAAAAUAUCUUCAUUUCUGAUUGGUAUAAUCAAAGAAUUCAAUAUUGGCAGAGAGAUGCCAAAAACGGAACAACAGUAGCUGGAAAUGAAAGUUUAGGUACAGCGUUAAAUGAAUUUCAUUUUCCAACAAGAGUCUUAGUCGAUUCCAAAAAGAAUAUAAUUGUUGCUGACAGCCUAAAUCAGCGGAUCAUGCAAUGGGCAUUUCCAUAUGAUCCUGAAAAAAAUGUUGGCACAAUUAUUGCUGGUGGUAAUAGUGCAGGUCUUAAUCCAUAUCAAUUAAAUAAUCCUAAUGGCUUAUAUUUAGAUGAACAGAAUCAAAUUUUAUAUAUAUCAAAUGAAGAAUCACAUUCAAUAACACAAUGGGUUAUUGGUGAUUAUGAACCUCGUAAUAUAUAUGCUGGUAUACCUGGAAGAUCUGGUGAUAGUGCAGUCCAAUUAAACCGUCCUCAAGGCAUAACUCUGGAUAGAUAUGGAAAUUUAUAUGUGUCAGAUUCAUACAACAAUCGUGUGCAAAUGUUUUGUCCAAAUUCUGUAAUUGGUAUUACGGUUGCAGGAACGGGAGACGCUGGAAGUAGUAGUAAUCAAUUAUCUUACCCACAAGAUAUAACAUUUGAUUCAGAAAUGAAUUUAUACGUUACAGAUACUCACAAUUUUCGCAUACAAAAAUUUGACAGAAUACAAUAA